AUGAACGUCUGCCUGAAGGCAAAUGUUCAAACUACAGUGACAGAGGGACAGAGUGUGACACUGACCUGUAGCACCACCUGUACUCUGACUGACAACCCCAACCCCAUCUACAUCUGGUACAAGAACGGACAACGUCUCACCAACCCGAAGACCAAAAAUAACUACCUGUACCUAGAUCCAGUCAGCAGUGAGGAUACAGGCAGAUACUCCUGUGCUGUAAACGGCCAUGAGGAUCGCCACUCUCCUGAAGAGACUCUCACUGUCACAUAUGGCCCAAAGAGAGUGUCAGUAUCAGUCAGUCCCUCUGGUAAAAUAGUGGGGGGCAGUUCAGUGACUCUGACCUGCAGCAGUGAUGCAAACCCACCUGUGGACAAAUACACCUGGUACAAGAAGAACGUAACCUCACCAAAAUCAUCAGGACAGAGUUACAGCAUCACUAACAUCAGCUCUGAGGACAGUGGACAAUACUACUGUGAGGCUGAGAAUAGAAUCGGAGCCCAGAAAUCUACAACUCGAUUGAUUACAGUCUCAGGGAAGCAAGCUUCUGUGAAGAAUGCAUCUGUAGGAAUCAUAGUUGUUGUUCUGAUUCUCAUACUCUGUCUCUCUGGCUUCAUGUGGUUCAGGAAGAAGGCCUCCAAAUCCACCUCUGACACAAGGGACACAGCAGGGAAUGGACAGGUAAACUCAAGCCUUGUUCAUGACAAUAUCUCAGGGAUGGCCAUGACCCCUACCGCAUCACAGACAGUGGCUACAGGUGUGCAGAAUGACGUUCACUUCGCCAGUGCCGACCUCUCUCGCUCCAAAAAUCAGGAAGUGCCUCUGUACCCCAUUGUCCAACUGCCUCAACCGCAGAAGCAGGACGAGGAUGUCCAGUAUGCAGCUGUGAAAUUCAACCACCCCAUUGCUGCCAUCCGACCUCCGGCACAAGCAGCUGAGGAGGACCUCUCUGUGGUCUAUAGCACUGUCAACACAACCAGAACCAAGAAGACCACAACCAACAACAAGACCUGAACACAAGAAGACCUGAAUACAACAACCCCAAAAGCAACAAGACCUGGGGCCAUAUCCACAAAGCGCCAGAG